AUGAACAAUCCGCAAAUUAACGGACAUUCAUCAUUACAAAAUGGUAGUGAUGAAGAUUUUGAAUUAAUGGGUGACAUGCCAAAAGAAGAUCCUAUUAUUGCUGAACGUCGUCGUAUGCGUAAUAAUGAAAUAACAAAAAAACUUGGAGCCUAUUUACUUAAAGGCUAUUGCAUGUUAAGUGAUGCUUGUCCACAAUGUGAUUGUAUUCUUCUUCGUACACCAGACCGCCAAUUACUUUGUGUUGGUUGUACGGAAGUUGAUGUUGAAAAUCCAACAGGUAAUAAAGAAACAACAAAAGGAGAAGAUGAACAACGUUUAACAUCCGCUCAACCAAUUGUUAAGAAAAAAGAUCGUGUAAAACAUUCGAAAAAACGAAAUAAAAAAACAUCAGUAACAUAUGAUAGUGAAAAUGUAUCGAGUGAAAAUACAAAUUAUUCUGUUCAAUUGGAAAAUAAACUUAAAUGGGCUGUUGAUGAAUUAACUAAAUCUCAAAAUCCAAAUCGUAUUACUGCUAUGUGUACAGUUAUUACCAAAUUAACAGAAUCAAUUAAAGCACUUAAAGAAUAUGAAACAGCUUCUGCAUGA